GCUGCGAAGCUUGCUAUUCUUUCUAACUUACCUAGACUUAUACCUAUGAUGAUACCAAUACUGUCGUCAAGCUCAUAUUUAUAGACAUAAAUACACCACAAUUCUUCCUGAUGUUCGAAUCCAAAGAAACCGAUUUCCAACCUACUCGCCAUGGCUGUCAGAGCCAUAACUCCCCCUCAAGCUUAUCUUCGAGUAGCUCCUCAACUCACUCGGGGGAUACAACAGAAUCCAUACGGCCGGCGCCGCGGCCCGACGCCGAUGACGGGGAUCUAGAGCGGUACCCGACACACCAGUCAAUGGGUCCGGAUAUGCCAGUUGAACCGGUUAGCUCGGUGGUAGAUGUACCAGACGAAGUUUACGACCGGCUACCCGCACACAGGAAGCUAGUCAUUGUCUUCCUCUUGUCGUUCUGCUCGUUCCUAUCGCCCGUAUCUAGUACAUCCGUGCUAGCGGCAACUCCCGAAGUAGCGGCUGAGUACUCCACGACAGGUUCCAUCAUCAACCUUGUCAAUGCCCUAUACAUGCUAUUCAUGGGCUUGUCGCCAAUAUUCUGGGGGCCCAUGAGCCAGGUAUACGGCAGAAGGAUGAUAACCCUUGUAACGGCCGUAGGAUUUCUCGGCUGUAGCAUUGGGACGGCGCUUGCACCUAACCUUGGCGCCUUCUUCGUCUUCAGACUGCUAACAGCAUUCGAAGGCACGUCAUUCAUCUUAGUCGGCGCUUCCGUCAUUGGUGACAUUUACCGUCCAACGGAACGGGGAACAGCUACUGGCUGGUUCCUUUCCGGGACUUUGGUAGGACCGGCCCUCGGCCCCUUCAUAGGCGGCAUCAUCGUCACUUACACCUCGUGGCGCGUGAUAUUUUGGCUACAAUCGGGAUUGGCUGGCGUCGCCGCCAUCGGGUCCUACUUCUUACUGCCCGAGACUAUCUACCACAUGAAGAUCGACGAUCUGGUCGGCUACACCGGCGUUGCGAAGGCCAAGGUCGUGCUUGGCAUGAUUAACCCUUGGCGCGUCGUGCGGCUGUGGGAAUACCCGAACCUAUUCCUCACGGGUCUGUCGAGCGCAUCUUUGGUCUGGAAUAUGUAUUCCUUACUCACGCCGAUCCGCUACGUCAUAAACCCGAGAUAUCAUCUCGACACGCCCAUGCAGGGUGGCCUGUUCUACCUCGCGCCUGGCUGCGGGUACCUCCUCGGCACGUUCGUCGGGGGCCGCUACGCCGACUACAUCGUUAAGAAAUACAUCAGGAAGAGGGGCGUGCGUAUCCCCGAGGACCGGAUGUACUCGGCCCUACCUUUCAUGGGCAUCGUGAUCCCCGGCUGCGUCCUGAUUUACGGCUGGUGCGUGGAGAAGGACGUCGGCGGCAUCCCGCUGACGGUCGUGGUGCUGUUUCUCCAGGGCGUCGCGCAGCUCUUCUGCUUCCCGUCCCUGAACACGUACUGCCUGGACGUGAUGCCCGGCCGCGGUGCCGAGGUCAUCGCGGGAAACUACGCGAUGCGGUACCUGUUCGCGUGCGGCGGCACCGCCAUCGUGCUGCCCGCCAUCGACAGCAUCGGCGUGGGGUGGUUCUCGACGAUCAGCGCGCUGUUCGUGUUCUCGGGCGCGGUCUGCGCCUACGUGUCGAUCCGCCGGGGCGGGAAGUGGCGGCGCAGCAUCGACGCCAAGAGGAAGAAGAGAACGAUGAAGAAGAUACUAGAAGAGAAGAACAGCAGCAGCAGCGGUGGCGGUGGCAACGGCAACGACAACGACAACGACGAUAAACAUUGUCCGCGCGUGAAUUCCGAGAAGAUCUUGGGUAGUCCGGCUGAUUCCGACUCCGCGAGAGGCAAGCCGCUGACGACGCCCGGAGCGCGGGAGGCAGAGAAGAAUAAGGAAGAGGUGUGACGCGAGGCGUGUUCUCUUGGCGCAGGCGUUACGUAUACUAGACACGGCAACGAAGAAAGAAAAAAGAG